UCGCAGCCAUGGGGGCCCGGCGGCGGGCCGCGGCGGCGGGCGCGCCGCAGUACGCGGUGGGGCAGGUGGCCGCCAGCCUCUGCCCGCGUGGGCCGCCCGCCGCGCCGCUCGCGCGCCUCUUCAGCGCCGCCGCCGCGCCGCCGCUGCUGCUGCCCGCGCCCGCGGAAAGUAAGAAAAGAAAGCACACAGAAGAAGCAGAGAAGGUGUCAGAAAGCCAGAACUCACCUCUUGUACAAGAACCUCCCAUAAAAGCAAAGAAAGCCAGGAAGAAGGCAGUUGCAAAUGCAGAGAAAGAAUUGUCAAGCAGAGAGAGUGCUUUGGAGCGGGCAGAUGAAGAAGAAGAGCAAAAACUGUUCCAAAACAAAGCGAAGCGAAAAAAGGGGGCUUCUCGUGCCAUCAGCAAAAGUGGUGUUAAUUCAGAUACAGGCACUACUGUAAAACAAAAGGAGAAAAAAGUGGCUGAUGAGACGGUGAACAGAAGAACAGUGUUUGUUGGAAACUUGCCCGUCAGCUGUACUGUUCAGGAGCUGAAAUCUCUUUUUAAAAAGUAUGGACAAAUACAAUCCAUUCGAUUCCGGUCUUUGGUUCCAUCAGAAGACACUUUAUCCAAAAAGUUAGCAGCAAUAAAGCAUAAAGUGCACCCUAAUGCAAAGUUUGUUAAUGCCUAUGUGGUGUUUAAGGAAGAAUGUGAUGCCGUCAAGGCUCUAAACGAAAAUGGGACAGAAAUUACUAGUGGAUUUCACAUCAGAGUUGACAUUGCAUCAAAAGCUAAUUCACAUGACAAUAAACGGUCAGUGUUCUUGGGAAAUCUCUCCUAUGACAUCAGCGAUGAGGUGGUGCGGCAACACUUCACCGUCUGUGGAGACGUGGUGGCAGUGCGAGUCGUGAGAGACAGACAGACUGGUGUGGGGAAGGGCUUCGGCUACGUCCUCUUCGAGAACACAGAUGCUGUACAUCUCGCUCUGAAACUCAACGAGUCCGUUCUGAUGGGAAGAAAGAUACGAGUGAAACGCUGUGGAGAGAAGUCGAAAACAGCUCAGAAAGGUCCAGAUCAGUUUGGCGCUCCUCAGCGCUUUGGAGAGAAGUGGAAAACAGCUCAGAAAGUUUCAGAUCAGUUUGGUGCUCCUCAGCGCUUUGGAGAGAAGUGGAAAACAGCUCAGAAAGUUUCAGAUCAGUUUGGUGCUCCUCAGCGCUUUGGAGAGAAGUGGAAAACAGCUCAGAAAGGUCCAGAUCAGUCUUGUGCUCCUAAGGAGAGAGUUGGUACUGCAUUACAAGCCAUGAGGUGCUCUACAGAUCUGUUUGUUGGCGAAAAAGCAAAGCCCUUUAAGAAGAGCACUAAACCAAAAAGACUGAAAUCUACUAAUAGAAAUAAAUUGGGGAAAAAACAGACAGCAUUUUGAUAUGAAUCAAUCAUAUAAAAGCACUGGUUAUUUUUACAAAAAUUGAUGUAUACAGGAGUGUUGUGUUAUAAAUUUUGUUUGCUAA